UAUAUAUAUAUAUAUAUAUAUAUAUAUAUAUUGUGGAGUCUAUAAAUCCGAAGAAGUGCCUACAUUUUCAGGAAGAGCACUGAUAUACGGCAAAUUAACAACGUUCAAAUUGCAUGUUCGAAAACAAAAUAUUCGUGACGUACGUUCCUAACUAUUGUUUCGUUUAAUCGCAUUUUUCGUUCGAGACUAGGCAAAUAAUUGAAUAACGUGAACAACAGUUUAUUUAGCGAUAAACGGUCGAAAACAUGCGCGCCAUUCAUUUUAACCUAUGAAAUUUGUGUUUAGUUACAAAAUGGACGUGUCCCGCGACAAACACCAACAGAUCCGGCAAUGGCUCGGCGAAAUCGAUGUUAUUAAGCAAGAAAAUUUUAAAAAUAUCGAAGUGACAAUUCUCGGGACAUCCGAAAAGGGCGACGGUUAUGUGGGCGAUAUUAUAUUCACCCACGUGUCCGCGGUUAAAGUUGAUGGGCAAAUCAAAGUUUACGACUUCGUCUUGAAAACUGGCAAGGACAAUAAGGAAAUUAGGGCCAGACUUCCCGUUAGAAAGACCUUUGAACGCGAAAUUUACGUGUACACUACCGUGAUACCGGCUUUUCAGCGAUUUUUACACGAAAAGGGUUUAGAACGGCUCAGCUGCGUGGCCCAAUGUUUUGGUAGUAAGAUGCUGAAAGACCAAGAAAUUAUAAUCUUGCAAAACUUAAAAAAAUCCGGCUACGCCCUUCACGAUAGGCAUAGCCCAUUCAACUGGAAUCACUUGAACCUGACACUGGAAACAUACGCCAAAUGGCAUGCUCUAUCGUUCGCGAUGCGCGAUCAAAAUCCAGAAAUAUUUGUUAGGUUGACCGAGAAAAUGGAUUGUGUUUGGUCAGCAUUUCACAGGACUAACGAGUCGAGAUCGUUAAUGGACAGCUCGAAAGAUAGAGUCGCUAGUAUUCUGAAGCGGCAUAACGAAUCAACAUUAUUGUCCAACUAUAACAAAAUGAUGGAAAGGGGAAUCAAAUACGUGUGGUCCGAUUUGCUAAAUUAUAACGAACAGGAGAGCGUCAUCUUACACGGCGACUGUUGGAACAGCAAUUUAAUGUUUAAAUACGAGACUGAAGGCAACCCAUCCCACGUAGUAAUGUUAGAUUUUCAACUGUCCAGGCCUGCAAGUCCGAUGUUCGAUUUGUCGUAUCACCUCUAUAUGGUCUGUUCUGCGGAUCAACUGGAGAAUCUGUCGAAAAUAUUGUUGCAAUAUCACGGACAUUUAAGUAAAUACAUUCGACAGAUGGGUAGCGAUCCUGACCAAUUGUACCCAUAUUCGAAAUUAUUGGAACAUUGGAGGACGUAUUCGAAAGUGGGGCUAAUUCUGGGCGGAUUCGUGCUGCCUUUAACCUUAACUGAGAAAAAAGAUGUCGUGAGCAUAGAAAAUCUAACCGCUGACACCGUGACUGACGCUGUCGACAAGAUCGAGCCUGAAUCUAGAGAGAAACUGGACAGAAGACUCAUUGCCAUUGUGAAGAACGCACUAGAGUUCAAAAUUUAGUUACAAGAAUUUGUAAAAUUCCGUUAAAAAUGUAUUUAAUUUGUUUGAUGUUACUUAAUACUAUCUUCGAUCAAAAUCAUACGUUUCCUAAUACAUUAUUUAGGUAUGUGUAUAAAAAGCAUCAAGUACUACUACAUUUUAGAACAAACAUUGAAAAAAUAUCAUUGCCAAAUCACCUCAUGCUUCUUAUGUUUACCAAAAAUAUUUAUCCAAAAUUAUAUUGCUGAUCGUAGGUCUUAAAUCUGAAAGUCAUUUUUGGACUCCAUGUCAAGAAAUUUUACAUAUCCGAGAGCACUUUAAUAAAGUCAAUAAAUGAAUAAAAGAAAUGAUAGCCCAGUCGUGACAUGGAUCACAACAAAGACCAAUAAAGAAGAAUAAACAUGUCAAAAGGUUGAGAUAGAUAUAGAUGCAUGCUUAAAGUAUAUACUGCGGACGAAAAAUAGAAACUACAUGGAGUUAAGUGUGUACUUUUGUGUGUCUACUACUGAAACUGACCAGAUGCUUGAUGAUAAAUAAAUAAAGAAAUUAUUAAAAAAUCCUUAAAUUUGUGGUACUGCUUUUAGUUUAUAAGACUCAAUCUUGAAAUGCAAAACGACGCGAAGCUAGGUAUUUAUUUUGAUGUGUAUUAUUUGGGGAUACGGGCUGUGGGUUAGUCAAUUUAGCAUAUACCUAUAAAAUUGUCUUUUCAGCUACAUACUACAAUUUUAUUCAAAAUUGCUAUUGUUGGGGCUGGUCAAUUCAUUGGGAUCAAUUGACCAAUUGAACUGAGGGGCUUUUACUUGAUGAAAAUCCAUUUAACAAAAUAAAUAAGAACACAAAGGUCAUUUUAUCACAAAAUUAUAUAUUUUCAACUCUUAGUGCUUAUUUAUUUUGUCAAUUCAUCACUUCUUAAUUGACUAGUCAAAUUCGAUCAAAUUCUAUUAAAUAAAUGACUGAUCAAUUGACACAAACAAUUGCUGUUAAAGAUUCUUUUGUUUCUUUCAAUUAUUAAUUGUGAAUUUAAGCCAAUCUGUUGUUACGAAGCAGUUCUAGCAAAUUAAACACCUUUAGUGCUGGAUCAUAAUGAAAAUAAAUUGUAGGUAGAUAUACUAAAUACUACAAGUGCAAAGCUAGCAAAUCCAUUCUACUGAACUUAUUGCAGGAGUAUCAGAUUUAAUUUUCCAAACAUUUUACAUACACAUGAUAAAAAAAGAAUAGUCGAAAUGAAACGAAUAUCGAGAACGAAAAUUGAAACGUGUCAACAGUGUAUUCCGAAUUAAUUAUACUACUUAAACAAUAUACGCAGUGAAUUUGUAUAAAACGUAUUACGCGGUAAUGGCGGUUGAAAUAUUUAUCAAAUGGGGGAUAAAAGGAGAUAAAAGAUUUAUAACGUCGUCUACUCGGGGCUAUAAAUAAUUGUUAUUGUAUUGUAAAUGAAAAAAUCAGUUGGCCAUAAUUUUUCUUAUUUUUUUUUUUAAAUGUACUUGAAGAGUAUUUACCAAUUCUGCUUCGUGCGUUCCAAACUCAGAAUUACCGAGUUUAACGUUUCCAAGUCUUUAUAAAUUUAAUUGUUAAAGUUUAAUAUUUGGGACGCCUCUUAUUUUCGUUAUCAAGGUUGAGUAGUACUUGCUCG